AUGGCAGAAGAACUCAACAGCUCUUUAGAGUAUACAUCAACAUGGGUUGUUGCAGUUGUUUGCUUUGUCAUUGUUCUACUAUCUCUUUGUGCGGAGCGUGCUCUUCAUAAACUUGGAAAGUACUUGAAGCAUGAGAAACAAGACGCGCUAUUUGAAGCACUACAGAAACUAAAAGAAGAAUUGAUGCUUUUAGGGUUCAUUUCCCUUCUACUAACUGUAUUUCAAGGUUCCAUAAGCCACAUAUGCAUCCCCUCUUAUCUCGCAUCUCACAUGCUUCCAUGCAAGCGGGAAACUUCUGAGGGAAACAACCAUGAACAUUACUCUCUUAAUCCAUCUCUAAACAAUCGGCGGCGGCUUUUGUCUGCAGAAACAAAUUCAGAUCAUUGUCUGAAGAAGGGGAAGGUUCCGUUGUUAUCGUUGGAAGCACUACAUCAUCUACACAUCUUCAUCUUUGUAUUGGCAGUUGUUCAUGUGAUCUUUUGUGUCACAACUAUGGUUCUUGGAGGGGCAAGAAUACGCCAAUGGAAGCACUGGGAGGAUUCUGUCAGGAGAGGUGCAGAUCCAACUAGUCGUAAAAGAGUUCGUGCACAUCAUCAUGAGUUCUUGAAAACACGUGGAGUUGGAUAUUGGAGAAAAGCGGCUGUAAUAGGUUGGGUGACGUCAUUCUUCAAACAAUUUUACGGCUCUGUCACUAAGUCGGACUACAUUGCACUGCGACAAGGGUUCAUCAAGGAGCACUGCCCUGGGAAUCCUGAUUUUGAUUUUCACACAUACAUGAUGCGGACACUUGAAAUUGACUUCAGAAAAAUUGUUGGGAUAAGCUGGUACCUAUGGCUGUUUGUUGUGCUGUUUUUGUUGCUGAAUGUGGAAGGAUGGCAUACGUAUUUUUGGUUAGCGUUUUUGCCGCUGAUUCUUCUGCUUCUUGUGGGCUCAAAGCUGGAGCACAUAAUUACCACUUUGGCUCAGGAGGUGACAGAAGGGACAACACAGGUUGAUCAAGAAGCAAGAGUGAAGCCUUCAGAUGAACACUUUUGGUUUAACAACCCUCGCAUUGUCCUAAUUUUGAUCCACUUCAUAUUGUUUCAGAAUUCAUUUGAGAUUGCUUUCUUCUUCUGGAUUUGGAGCACGUAUGGAAUUCAUUCAUGCAUUAUGGAGAAGUUGGGUUACAUCAUACCAAGACUUAUUAUGGGUGUGAUUGUUCAAGUGCUUUGCAGUUACAGCACCCUACCGUUGUAUGUUAUCGUCACCCAGAUGGGUACCAUGUUCAAGGAAGGAAUGUUUAAUAAAAUGAUACAAAAUGGAUUGGUAUGUGGGCUGAAGAUAUAA